UCCCAUGGUGGAAACAUUACAUGGUGAGCUCAAAACUUCGAAACCACGCCCCCUUUUCACGUCGAGGUACCGUUCACUACCUAGGCCUGCCAACUGUGAAAAAUUAAAUGUUUGAUGCUGCUAAGUUACUACGACUGAUUUGAAUGCGUCUUUGUCACACCUUGCUAUAUGUGCAUAUUGUGUUCUUUUCUCGGCAAGAAUUCACAGUAAGAGCACGUGGUUUCGAGUUGUUAAACAGAUUUGGAGUAACGCGGGUCAAUAUGGUACGGUGCAUUGUAAAAUCUUGCCCAAAUAAAACAGAAAAAAGUUGUAAGACAGAAGUGAGUUUCUUCAGUUUACUAAAGAACGACGUAAUUCGUGAAGGCUGGCUUAAAAAAAUCGGAGAAGUUAGGUUACCUUUAAAUAUAAAAAAUGCAAAGAUAUGUUCAGUCCAUUUUACUGAACAAUCAUUUCACGUAGAAAGGAGGCAGAAGUCCAGAAAAUGUACAAAUCCGAGACGGCUCCUUUUGCCAAAUGCAUUUCUCACUAUAAUGCUAUCUCCAACGGAAAAUAGAACAAAUACUGCUGGCAUGGAUUUCAAAGUUAUUCGUAGAGAAUUCCUGCUUACUGCUAAUGUUCAUAGAAGCACAGAUGAAGGAUCGAGCAGUAAUGAGAAACCUUCCAGCACUUGUCGGAACUUUGAUGUUGAUGAUUCAUUACAUCCUGAAAAUGCCAGUUCUGAUCCACUUAGCGUAUCAGAGACUGUUGUGAACAUUGAAACACCCAAAAGUCAUCGCAGAAAAUUAUGGGUUGAAAAGAGAAUUUUUGAAACGCCACAAAGUACAUCUGAUGCACCCGACAAUGUAUGUAAUGCCACUUUUCCAAGAAG